AUGGAAGAUUUGUCGACUAAUGAAAGGAAUUUUAUUUUACUUGCAAUUAAAGAGUCAAAGCAGCGUCUUGAUGGGCGUGGUCUUUAUGAUUAUAGGAGACUUUCAGUUCAAUUUCACAACAAGCGUGGAAGCUGUGAAGUUGCUUUAGGAGAUACCUUGGUUUACGCAUGUGUGAAUGCUUUUAUAGAUAAACCAUAUGCAGAUCGCCCACAUGAAGGAUUUUUUACUUUUACAGUUAAUUUCCUGCCGAUGGCCCAUCCAAAUUUUGAACAAAUAUUAGGAUCCACCUUAUCAAACAAAAAUAGGCGCAUCCGCAAUGAAAUCUCUCAGGAGAUCGAGCGUUUGCUUGAAAAAACGCUUAAGCGAGCUAAUGCAUUAAACGUUGAGUCUUUAUGCAUUUACUCAGGAAAGUAUGCAUGAAAUAUCCAAGUUCACUUGCAUAUUUUAUACCUAAUUAUCUAAAUAAAAGCAUUCAUAUUGGCAAGAAGUUAUCCUAUUUUCAUAUAAUAAAUAUGAUAACGGCUAAUAGUAGAGACUUUUUAUUCUUUAUAUUAAGGUACAUCACACAAUGGUAAUUUAUUAGAUGCAUGCACUAUUGCUGCUUUGCUGAGCCUUUCCCACACACGAAUUCCAGAAACUAAAAUCCUCCCUAGUGGAGAUCUUCAAUUUUUGCCAAAAUACAAGCCCCUCAGCUUACAUUUCCUCCCUAUUUGCAUUACUUUUGGCUUUUUAUCUGACGGAAUCAUCAUACUUGAUCCUUUGAUAAAAGAAGAAUCAGUCUUAGAAGGCCGCUUGAUGAUAAGUAUGAACAUCUAUGGAGAUAUUCUGACAUUACAGAAAACUGGAGCAGCUUGUGUUGGUGCUUCGCUGCUAAUGGAAUGCAUUGAGGUUGCGAGGCUCAAAGUGAAGGACAUAACCAAAAGCAUUAGAACUGCUUUAGAGGCCGCAAAAGAUAUAGAGCCAGAACAAUUCGAAAUAAAUGCAGAGAGGGCUGAUAGGCUGGUGGAAGACCUAAUUAGUAACUAA